AUGGGUGGUAACAAAGGAGAUGUUACAACCAAGAAUCAGCUCUCGUCUUCUCCCAAAGAGCAGCAUGAGGAAUCAUCGGAAUCAAGGCAAAAGAUCCUGCAGCAACCAUCGGCUGGAACUCCUUUCAUCUCUGUGCCUUUUUAUAUCCCAUCUGUUGCAGCUUCUUCUCCCUUUGAACAACAGUUUGAGUCGGUUAAUCCCAAGAGAUCUCGAUACAGCAGUGGCCAAUGGAAACUACAACCCCAAGGGGGAAUAAUCACAAGCGAAUCAAGCCCUUCUCCAACCAUAAACCCUCAAACACAGGCUUCCUCCUCGGAUGCAGCCUCAUCUCCACCUCACUCCCCUCAAGAAACCAGCAAACGCGAAGGAGAGCAGCAACCUCAUCAUCAGUUCAGGAAAGGGAAAUAUGUCAGCCCCAUUUGGAAACCAAAUGAAAUGUUGUGGCUGGCAAGGGCUUGGAGGACUCAAUAUCAAGGAGGGUCCGAAACGUCUGGCAGCGAUGUUGCAGUACAAUCAACAAGAGGCAAGACUAGGGCUGAUAAAGAGAGGGAAGUAGCUGAGUUUCUAAACAAACAUGGGAUCAACAGAGAUGCCAAAACUGCAGGUACCAAGUGGGAUAACAUGUUGGGAGAGUUUAGAAAAGUGUAUGAAUGGGAGAGAGGAAGCGAAAAGGAACAAGUCGGCAAGAGUUACUUCAGACUUUCUCCAUAUGAGAGGAAACUACAUAGAUUACCAGCUUCCUUUGAUGAGGAAGUCUUCGAGGAGUUGUCUCAGUUCAUGGGGACUCGCCUGAGAGCUUCUCAAAGCAGAGGAACUUCUGCAAUUACCUCAAUUGAAGAUGGUCGGUCGGUUCUUUCUGGUACUAGAACUCUUCCUCCCCCUCCGUUCAAAGUAGAUGAACUUCCUCUCUCCGGUAAGCAAAACAUACUUUCCAUUUUCAAAAAAGUUAAAAACUUAAAGUGUUUUUACAUAUUGUUUCAUUUAGCGAGGGCAAAACAACUGGUAACAACUGGGGGAGGUGAUGCUUUCUUUCAUGGAACUAGAGGAAGUCUGGCCGUAGGGUUCGACACUUCACUGGACGUUGGUUUUGGUCUAACUUCAUCUUCUUCCAAGGAGCUACGUAGGAUAGGGAAGAUAAGAAUGACAUGGGAGGAAUCAGUAAGCUUAUGGGCGGAAGAAGGCGAGCACCAUAGAGGAAGAGUGAGGCUUCAAGGUUCAAGCUUUUUAAACGCAGAUGAACUCACAUUCUUUGAUGAUUCCAUGGUUGCCUGCACAGUAGAAGCUUUUGAAGAUGGUCCUCUAAAAGGUUUCUCUGUAGAUAGAUUCGUCAAUGGACAGCAAGUGAAAGUGUUUGGCAGGAGAAAGUCAUCUGUUACAGGUUUCACUGAAAGAACGCAGCUUCCCUUUGCAGAACCCCCUAUCAGAUCUGCAACAAUGCCACCAUUGGAAUACCAAGAUCCAACAGACUACUUCAUUGGGUGUCUUCAAGUUCCUCCAACGACACUGCCGAGCUUGUUUGAGCUUUCAUGGCAUUUACAGGAGCCCCCACCCGAGGAAUAUCGUUUUCCUCUAAGGAAAGAUGUGUACCGAGAUUUGCCUGCCGGUAAAGAAGUAUUGUUUACUACUUCCAGUGAACUGUUAGAUUGUAGAGCAAUCGUAUAUGAUGUGUUGAGCUCAAUUAUCCGCACCAACCCUAGUCUAAGUGCUGCUACUGCAACAGGGAGAGACUCUUUUAUUUCCCUUUGGGACGAUUGCAUCAACAGGGUUGUUUCCAAAUUUUGUUCGGUUGAAAUGGUUAUGAUCCGAAAACCAUCAUCGUUAACCGAGCCAUUGCAGGAUCAAUGGCCGAACUUGACAGGUUUCGUUAGAAAAUUUUGCCUGUGGAGGGGAGAGGAGACUGAUCAAGUGAGGGAAGGGCAUGUUGAUCCAUCAUCUUCUCUGGUGGAGAAGUUGCUAUGGACUUACACUGAUCUGCCGUACGUAUUAGGCUAUUAUGCUGUUGGCUACAUGGUAACAUUCUGUGCCGUAAGCCGAUCCGGCGAUCAGCUUAUCAGAACAGAUUUAUAUUCGGCAGAUCUAUCGUCUCCCUCGGAGAGACUGAAAGCUUUAGUGCCAUGCUUUAGAAUCGCAGGCCUUUUGCCUUUGUUGGCUGAUCGAUGCUUCAGUGCCAUCAAUAAUGUUGUUGGCUCGUACAAGCAAUUUCCAUUCAGUGAUUUCGAAAGGUUUGAUUUGGGGAAUGGAAGUAUAAUGGAGAUGACGCCAUAUACGGUGACAAGAUCAUUCUCCAACAAGAAAAAAUGGGCAGCAGUGAAAGAAAUAUACGACAUAUUGGAUCAUCGAAUCCCGCACGCCGAAUUCAUCUGUCGGGCAUGUGAGAAAGAUCUUGUACUGGUGUUUAAGCCUAGAGGUUGCAGAUUCACGCCCAUCAACUGUGAGCAGCUCGUGGAAGCUCUUAAGUACGUGACAAAAGCAUUGGUUGCUCUACAUGACUUGUGCUUCAUGCACAGGGACUUGGGGUGGGACAAAGUGAUGCGGAGAACCGACGUGGAAAACGAAUUGUUCCUUUGUGGGUUCGAUGAGGCCGUAGGUGCACCGCAGAUGUAUCCGCACCUGGUGGCCAGUGGGGAUGCGCGUGGAAGACACGCUCCGGAGAUGGGGAGGGGUUUACAUGGGGUGAAAGUGGACGUGUGGGGUGUAGGCUACUUGGUCAAGACGUGUGGGCUCACAGUCGUGCCGAAAAUGCUGAGGGAGUUGGAAAGUAGGUGCUUGGAUCAGAACCCUGAGCAGAGACCGACUGCCGCCGAUUGCUACCACCACUUGCUGCAAGUGCAGUCAGCUUCAUCCGGCGCAGCACCCUAUUGAAGUGAAG